GAUACCAGCAGCUCAUCCGGAUCAAUAAGUUUGUCUAUUGAUCCAAACCUUCUCUGAGGAUGUUUCACUAAAUACCAAAUUUUUUUUUUCCAUGUUUAUCAUCUUCAUGUGCGGUCCUUGUUUCAGAGUCAGGUUUCAACUUGUUGGUGUGUGUUGGUUGAACGAGGCUGAAUUAUUGAUAAAGGAGAGUCCCUCUCUCUCUGUUGCUCUGAGAGGACAGAAACAAGGACAGAACAGAAGAGAAGAAGACGGACCAAAGGAUAGAAUAAAAGGCUGACAGAGAAAUACAGAAAAAGAGAAAAAGAGAAGGAAGAAAUCAGUUAGAUAAAAGUUGAGGGACUGAAACAAGAACAAGAGUUGAAGAAAUAAAGAGCAAAGAAAGGAGAAGAUCAAAGAAAAAGGAGGAAAACAAGAUGUGAAGAAGAAGAAGAACAAACUCAGGAAGAUGCCCCAUGACAAGAGAGAGGAAGACGAGGAAGAGGAGGAUGACACCUGUCAGCCCCACCUUCCUACUUCCUCUGUUGCUAUGGAGACAACGCUGUCAGGUCGGAGGCAGGACCUGGUGUGUAUCGUGUGUUUCGGCAGCUACGACCUGCUGACGAGGUUGCCGCGGCGACUCCACUGUGGCCACGCCUUCUGCCAGGCCUGCCUGAAGAGACUGGACACGGUGAUCAAUGAGCAGGUGUGGAUCCCGUGUCCUCAGUGUCGGCAGAACACACCCAGGCCUAGAGGAGGAGCGGCGGGUCUGGACCUGGACUUGGCCUCCUUCUUGGCUGUGAAGGCCCAGCAGACCUACGUCUCCUGCUCCUCGUCCUCCUGGAGUUCUGUUCGGACGGACGGGACACCGGCUGGAGACGCAAUCAGCAACAACAAGCCUUGGCUGGGCAAAGAAGUUUCAGAUGACGGAUGGCUGCACGGUGGGUUGGCUGAGCCUCGCUUCCAUCGCUAUGGCAACUGCUGCCCCACCCCAUCCUGUUGGCUGUGCUGCUGGUUCUGCUGCCCAGGACGGGGCUAAUAGACUAACCAAACUGAAACAGGAAGUCCUGAAAGACCAGUUGGAGGUUUUUGGGUAUAAAAUCUGGUCUGUCUUCUGACCACUGAACACAUGGAAAGUUACAGACAUCCUCUGAAGGGACAAGAAUCUGGAUUCAUCUCCAUCCAGCUGGUAUCAGAUCAUGCAUAUCAGUGCCAGGUCAGGUCUAGAUGUAUAUAAAGAAAUCUAUUUCAAAAUACUUCAGCAAUCCUAAAAGUAAAUGAAACAAAAUCUUUUUGUUUGAUAAAUCAAACAAAGUUGGUGAAGUGAAAUGGAGGAAACAUAAAAACAGCUCAUAUUUGUCGUAUUGCACCUAUCUGGGACCGCAGCCUCUGCAGAAACCCACAGAUUUCCCUCUUCACAUCCCAUCUCCUCCUCUCCUCUUUUGGGGGAAGCUCAAGGAGUUCUAGGGCAACCGAGAGAUUUACGAAUGGGGCAAAUUGGUAAGGAGACUUGAGCCAAAGUGGAAGUCUGCACAAUACAACCACUGUCCGAAUAGUACCUGCAGUAAGGAAGGAGGUAAAGGAAGCAAGACGAUUCCUACCAUAGUUGUUUUGACAUAAGGACCAGGGAGCGCUGGAAGUCAUUCUGAACAAGGGCUGCUGUGAAAAUCUUUUUUGUUUUUUGGACAAAAGACCUAUGACCCUAUUUAAAAUACAACAGAUAAAAAUAAAUAAAUAGAGAUUCACUACUUCAUUGUCAUAUAUACUUCAGUGCACGCAUCCAGGGUCUGUAACACAGACAUCAGCUGACUAUGUCUUAUUGCUUAAACUUCACAAUAAACUAUUUUUCAGUGGCUUUACUCCGAUUUGAAAAGCUGGCAUUCAAUAAAGGGUUUGUCUUUCUUAAAUGU